GGGUUACAAUAGGAAGCUCAAACAUGGCGGAGAGCUGUGCGUGGUUGUUAGUGCUGGGCUCGGUUUUGUUAUGUAGUCUGUUUAAGAUGCUGCUCCCGACCCUUUCUUUGCUUAUAGCUAAAUUUCUGCAGAAGGAUGGGGAAACUGAGCUCCAAAUGAGAAUUGAAAUUGGAAACAUGAAGCAGGAGUUGGCAACGAUCAGCAUGAUGGAUGAAUUUGCUCGAUAUGCACGCCUGGAGCGCAAGAUUAACAAAAUGACCGAUAAACUGAAAACUCACGUUAAAACAAGAACAGCACAGUUAGCCAAGAUCAAGUGGGUGGUGAAUAUUGUCUUUUAUAUUGUUCAGGCAGCUUUAAUGAUUUCCCUGAUAUGGAAAUAUUAUUCGGAACCUGUUACUGUGCUCCCACACAAAUGGAUCGCACCCUUAGAAUGGAUGGUGGCUUUCCCAACUGGAGUGGCAGGAGGAGUUGGAAUUACCUGCUGGCUCUUAGUUUGCAAUAAAGUUGUUGCUGUGGCACUGCAGCCAUUCAGCUAAAAUCUCACAGUGAGGCCUAUGACAAGAUCCCGCAUGGAUUGGCUUGUGUGCACUUUUUUCAU